AUGGGGGAAACUGAAGAUGAGCGCGAGUCUGCUCCGCUAGUGGUGGAAGCCGAGAGCAAACAACUGGAUACCUCACCUCUACUAGCUGCAAUAGAUGCCCUUGAUUAUUCGCUGCAGACAACGAAUCGCCAAGAUCCGACACUGAUGCAGCCCAUCUUACUGGCGCCGCCGACGUUACACUUGCAAAGCAACGAAACACCAUCACUAAACUCAACAUCUCCCAUCGCCAAUCAUCGAUCCAUGUAUACUAGCAAAACUGUCUUAAAGGUCAACGGCAAUCUCAAACAAAUGGCUGCAAGGUGGACUGAAGAAGAGUGGACCAAUCGCCGUCGAAUAGUUCACUUCUCAAAAUCUCAGGAUGGCGACAUCUUGAAUGUGGAUUCUAAAGCUGUUCCAGUAACUGAAAUUCCAGCCAAUAGCAUCUGCAUUUCAUGUAUUUGCUCUUGGAAGCACCUGGCCUCUUCUUCUAUCGAGAAGAAGAACCGACUCCUCCACAAUCUUGACGAUUUUCAUCCUCAAACGAUUUCAGGGACAAAAAACCACACCUCUGGACUUUUCAAGACUGUUAUGGACUUUGGCCAUCCUAGACCCAGAGACAUGGAAAUGGAUUUUAAAAUGCUCCCCUGGAAUUGUCUCGAGCCAAUGCUCAAAACGACCAUCAGAAAGUAUAGUUUCAUGUCGUCCGAGACAAAACACGGGAAUCCUGAGCGGGAAAGGGAACUAGAUGCCGACGAUACCCCAGCCGCUUCUUCCGAGUUGUCGGGGUUUUGCCCUGGUAGGCCUGGGACGUUUCUAAGAUGGUUGGAGGAUACCUUGUUCAGUAUUUUGAAGGAUUUGGAUGCAGAUAACGAUGUUCGAGAGAGGCUUUUGGGCGUUCUUCCUGAUUUGCUUAGGGCUUUUGCGCUUAAAAUUGGUUACAAUAUGCCGACCGAUGCGCACCAUGCCGCCGAGUAUUUUGUCGAGAAGUAUCGUCAAGAGGCCAAUAACGCACAAGAAUAA